AUGGACUCAUCUCCUCUCGCCACCAUCCAAGUCUCCCCAGCCCAAGGCCAAAACCACACCCACACAGUCGUCUUCCUCCACGGCCGCGGCGACAACGCCCCCAAGUUCUGCUACUCACUCCAAUACUCUCGUGACUCCCAGGGUCGCACUCUCGCCGACGCCUUCCCUACUUUCCGCUGGGUGUUUCCCCAAGCCCCCAAUCGAAAAUGCGCUAGCCAACCUGCCGUAGACUACAACCAGUGGUUCGACGUCUGGAACGUGGCCAACUUUGCGGAAAAUGAGAACCUACAGGCAGAGGGACUGCGAGAAGUCGUGCCCAAGAUUCGCAACAUCUUGGCCAAGGAGGCAGAUGACCUUGGCGGAAGAUGGGACAAGGUCAUCCUGAUGGGUAUAAGCAUGGGUUCGGCUACAAGCGUGCACACAUUGUUCAACCUUGAUAUACCGACGGCGGAAAAACGACUCGGUGCUUUUAUUGGCUUCAGUGGGCGUUGUCCGUUUGCUGGACAGACGCUGGAGCAGAUACGCAAGACGGUUCAGGUGGAUUCUUCGCCGGUGGGCAACGAUGUUCUUAGGAAUACGCCUAUGCUGUUGGAGCACUGUGUGGACGAUCCGUUGGUGUUGGUCGAGCUGGGUAGGAAGCAGCGCGAGAUAUUAAGAGGGUUUGGGGCGAAUGUCGCGUGGAGGGAGUAUCAGACUGGGGGUCAUUGGUUCAAUUCGCCGCAUGGUAUGGAUGAUGUGGUUGAGUUUUUGAAGGCAGUACUUUAG